AUGUCCUCAUCUAUACGUCCAAAAACUAGCAGUUCAUACGCUGAAGCAUCCAAGUCCCCAUCCUUCACCACCAAAACCCUUGUUCUUCAGAUCUGGACCUUCAACAAAGUCAAGGACGUUGCACUCGAACUUCAAAACAACAAGGAUGAUUGGCUCAAGGUGAUCAGAGAGUCAAUGGUAUCCGCUGGCAAGGAAUGUCUUCUGGAUCACGCCGAUGACCUCGAAGUUUUCAUCCGCCAGCUUGAGGACAUCUUUACUAACCUCUGGAACCUCGCUGCGCCCACUGGUCCAUUCAGCUUUAGCUUUAGCUUUGAGCUGCCAAAAGAUAUCAUAGAGCAAAUGGCCAAGUUUCCCAGUUCUGCUUUCCAUUGGUUGAGAUAUAUUCGGCAUAUUUGGCGCCCCUUGAUUCAUACCGAUGAGCUUUUUGCCGUUUUCAACGCCAUCAACGCCGUUGGAGGGUUCGUGGUGGAUAUAAACACUAAGCUUGCCAAAGUUGACGAGGUAAGUAGUGCUGGGUUUAUAUAAUCUAUUGGGCUUGACAUGACUGACUCUGUGAAUCAUCAACAGAAAGAAUAAGCCAGUCACUCUCCGUGCCCUGCUCCUUUUUCGGCUCGCCAUCUUAGCGAAAUCAUACGUCUAACGAUCAGGAAGAUGCGCAAACUCCACACCAAGCAUCGUCCAAUCUAUCAAAAGUGCCUUUUCUCGGAGUCAACGUAUGA